AUGCACUGUCACUGUUCAUUUUAUUAGGUACACGUGAGAACAAGUGGCAGGAUUUGCAGCUCGUCUGCUUCCAGGUUUGACGUGUUGUGCAUUCAGAGAGUUCGUAUUAAGUGGAUAUUUGAGUUACUGUCGCCUUUCUGUUUCCCUUAAUCAGUGUGGCCGUUCUCCUUUGAGCAUAAACACGGCAGUUUUGCUGGGGAAGCUGCUGCUCGUUGGAUACAUUUUCUACAGCGUUCUCUGAAAACACCUGGAUACUCGCAGUCAAUGCAAUCACUUUUCUGCCCCAUUCUGAUGCUUAGUUUGAAUUACAGCAAGUUGUCUUAAAUGCAGUGAAUUGAAGCCAUGUGAUUGGCUGAUAAGAUGUUUGUGGUAACAAGCGAUUGAGCGAGUGAGGGUAUUAAUGCAAAGACUUGAGCUGAUGCCUCUGUAUGAAAUAAGCAGUCUAAUAUGUUACAUAUAACAUGACCUAAUCCUACAAACCUUGACUUUCAUGUACUUUUAGUGAAGUUGAAUUCAAAAUCAACUGAACUGCAAAUGAACCAUCAACCAUAACAGUAAUAACCAUAAAGAAGAAUUAUAAUCAUUGGAGAUACAGUAGUUUUCCACUGUAAUAACACAACAUGUUCAUUUUGUCACAUUUGAUAAAGCUUAUUGGAGCUGUGGAGGCCUGUGUAAAAAAAACUUUUAGUUGUGCAUGUUCUCUAACUGGUAGCUCACUCUUUGUUUUGGAAAAACUGGAAAUGCUUAAACUGACGCAGGGAGGGAUGACAGUCAUCGCGGCGAAGGCUGGUGACUGCACUGUCUCAUCUUCACAGACGGCAGCAAUGCCUCCGUCAGACUAGUGGCUCUGUGUCGGCAGUUGUAUGUUGUGCACUUCAGUGUCAUGGAGGACUCACAAUCUCUGCUGAGCGCUCACACCCUGGAGUCAAAGGUGGUGGAGGACUUCAGGCGAAGGCUCAAGUACUUCUUCAUGAACCCCUGUGAAAAAUACAGAGCCAGGGGUCGCAAGCCGUGGAAACUGAUGUUACAAAUAGUCAAAAUUGUCAUCAUCACAAUCCAGUUAGUGACUUUUGGUCUGAGCAACGAAAUGAUGGUCACCUUCAAAGAUGAAAAUCUGAUGGCCUUCAGACAUCUCUUUCUGAAGGGAUACAAAGAUCACCGGCUUGGAAGCUACGCACUUUACACGAAAGCAGACGUGUACGAUCACAUCUACUACGUUGUCAACAGGUACACGGGACUCCAAAACCUGACUGUAGGUAAUCUUGCAUAUGGGAAGGUGGAGGGCAAGUACAUGCCUUUGACUCUCUGCCAAGAAUUGUACAGAAACAGCAGCAUCAAUCCUGGCAAUGAGACCUUUGACAUCGACCCACGUGUCGACAAAGACUGCAUUUCCAUAUACCCUGUGCAGUCACUUGAAAACGGCAGCUUGGCCACACAGUUGGACUUCUCCUUAGACUUCAGAAGGCUGCUAUCAGUGAACAUCUACCUCACACUGAAAACCAUCAAUCUGCAGACUGUGCGGCAUCACGAGCUACCAGACUGUUACGACUUCCAUAUAAUGAUCAUGUUCAACAAUCACGCACACAGUGGGAAGAUAAAGGUCCAUGUUGAAAAUGAUGUCAGGAUAAAUGAAUGCAGAGAAUGGAGUGUGGAAGGCACUUCUGGGAAGAACGAUUAUCUCCUCCUGGGGUUUGACUCUGUGGUUAUCCUCGCCUGCUUCACGUCUCUCGUCCUCUGCACACGAUCUGUCAUCAAUGGAAUCCAACUCCAGUUUGAAUUCAACACCUUCUUCAAUGUGUACUACAACAAAGCUGUCACGUGGACAGACCGCAUGGAGUUUGUGAAUGGCUGGUAUAUCCUCAUCAUUGUCAGUGACACAUUGUCCAUCGCUGGAUCAGCCCUCAAAAUUGGAAUACAAACAAAGUUCCUGACAAACUAUGACGUGUGCAGUAUCUUGCUGGGAACAGCCACGAUGCUGGUCUGGGUCGGUGUGAUUCGUUACCUUGGUUUCUUCAAGAAGUAUAAUAUCUUAAUCCUAACCCUCAGAGCAGCGUUCCCAAACGUAAUCCGGUUCUGCUGCUGUGCGGCCAUGAUCUACCUGGGAUACUGCUUCUGUGGUUGGAUUGUGCUUGGGCCUUAUCAUGACAAAUUCCGGACGUUUGACAGGGUCACAGAGUGUCUCUUCUCUCUCAUUAAUGGGGACGACAUGUACGCUACCUUCCUGCACAUGAGGGACAAGAGCUACAUGGUGUGGCUUUUCAGCAGAGUCUACCUCUACUCCUUCAUCUCUCUCUUCAUCUACAUGGUGCUCAGCCUCUUCAUCGCACUCAUCACUGACACCUACGAGACCAUCAAGCAUCACCAGCAAGACAAGGUGCCCGUGUCCCAGCUUCAGGCCUUCAUAGCAGAGUGCAGGGACCAGCCCGAGUCUGGAAGAUACCAGACUGAUGAGGAGUCAGCAUCGUGCUGCCUCUCACCAAGCUGUUGCUGUGGAUGACGUGAGGACUGGUAGCAGGUGCUUUUAUUUGCACAUAAAGGAGGCUUUGUUUGACCCACAGGAAACUGCUGAAGUGAAACGGCUGUAUAGCCACCUUCAUAUUCCUCAUGGCAUCACUCUCUGUGUCAGUAUACAUUGAUUUCUUCUUCAAUUCCAUGAUGGAUAACUUUCCCUUUAACCCUUAGAACACAGAGCAUUUUGGCUGCUUUUUUCCC